CUCCUUCCCCCUCGCGCAAGCGGCGCUCACCUGCCCGCCCUGCGCAGGCCCCAGGUUGCCAGCGGCAAUUGAAUGGCGGCGGGCGGUGUCUCACCGCUGCCUCCUUCUCGGAGCUGAUGUGUUUUGGCGGCGAAGCGCCGACCUCGGUGCCCACCACCCACCUUCCCCCGCCGUCGGUAGCAAAGGUGCGGGCGAAGUUGAUGUUCCCGGGACUGGACCCUGCUUUAUCACAGGGAGGCUCCUGGGGGCUGAAGCAGAUUUCCGCAAAUCGCCGUAUCGCGCCGUGCAUUCCCCGAGCAGGAGAGGCCAGUGAAGACCUGCAUCAUCAGAGGAGUUUGCAGGCUUGAUUUUCCACUUCUCCGAGAUUUCGCUUUUUUCUUUUUUCACGCUUUCUCAUAAAACAGUUUGGUGUUGAUUUUUUUUGUCGUUGUUUUUGUUUUUAAUUUCCACCUCCUUGGUUUUCACGCCGCAAUAUUUCUUGGAUUGGCCUUAUUUUAUUUUUUUUUCCUUUCCUCCCCUCCCCCCCUUAUUUUUUUUUUUUUUUUUGUCCUCUGCCUUUGCUGUUGCUCAGUCCUUGGUGCAUCCACAUCCCAGGAGCAGAAAGGACAAGAAAACCACUCCAGAGUCUUCAAGACACUCUGUGCUGCAGAACAGGCUCCCCAACUCCAUCAGAGCAGCAAACAAACUCCUCGGGGCUUUUGCCCUCCCCCCUCCCCCUCUUUUUUUUUUUUUUUUUUUUCUUCCCCAUUUUAACUGUUUUUAAUUUGCUGAGGGGCGGAGGCCCAGGAAGGAAGACAAAAACUUUGUGCAUUAAGAUCUGCUGGGACUUCUUACACCUCUCCCAGCCGCUGGCCUUUAGUGCACUGCCAGGACCGGUUGUGGGCUGCCAGCGGAAAGCCGUCCUCUCCGCUCCUCUACCGCUCGCUCCCUCUAUCCCUGCGACCCCCGGCCGCCCCGAAGGCGCGGGGCCGCGCCGCCAGUACCGCUCGGGGGCCGCUCGUACAGAGAGAAGAGCCGUCCCUCGCUCGCCCGCCGCGGCGGCGGACUGGUGUUUGUUGUGCCGUGGGCUCCUCACGGGACUGUCUGUGAAUGAGCACCGCCCGUCAGUUGCCGCCGCCUCCUGCCUCGGCCCCUACCUACCCCAGCCAGGGUGAGGCUCCCUGAGGGACUGCGGAUCGCGCCUCCCUGCAAGUUGCCUAUCUGCGCCGGCAAGCGUCCUCCGCUCGCUGCGGCGCGGCACGCUGCGGAGCCCACUCGCCUCUGUGCCUCACUUUUCAGCUUUUAUUUUUUUUUCCCCGCCACCUCCCGGCCCGGUUCGGUCCCGUCUGCUGCUUUCCCCCACCCCUCUUUUUUUCUUUUUUCUUUUUUUUUUCCCCCUCCCUUUCUCCCUCUUCGCCCUUUCUUAAUUUUUUCCGCAUCCCGUCUCGCCGGCAGCCGGGCACGAUGCCGCACGUGGAAAUGCUGCUGCUGGCGGCCGCGGCGCUGUGGGUGUGCGUGCGCGGGCAGGAGCCCGGCGCCAAGGCGGUGGCCGACCGCUACGCCGUCUACUGGAACAGCACCAAUCCCAGAUUCCAGAGAGGCGACUACCACAUCGAUGUCUGCAUCAAUGACUACCUGGAUGUAUUCUGCCCUCACUAUGAAGAUUCAGUGCCAGAAGACAAGACUGAACGCUAUGUUCUGUACAUGGUGAACUUUGAUGGCUACAGCUCCUGUGAUCACACCUCCAAAGGGUUCAAGAGGUGGGAGUGUAAUCGGCCGCAUUCCCCGAAUGGACCACUGAAGUUCUCGGAAAAGUUCCAGCUGUUCACGCCCUUCUCACUAGGAUUUGAGUUCAGGCCAGGCCGGGAAUAUUUCUACAUCUCUUCUGCAAUCCAAGAUAAUGGAAGGAGAUCCUGUCUAAAGCUUAAGGUCUUCGUGCGACCAGCAAACAGCUGUAUGAAAACUAUAGGUGUUCAUGAUCGUGUUUUCGAUGUUAACGACAAAGUAGAAAAUUCAUUAGAACCAGCAGAUGAUACCGUGCACGAGUCAGCCGAGCCAUCCCGUGGUGAGAAUGCGGCACAGACACUAAGGAUACCCAGCCGGCUUUUGGCAACUAUAUUGUUCCUACUGGCAAUGCUUUUGAUAUUAUAGCACAGUAUGCUCCAGCAACCUGUCGCAGAAAAUAUCAGGGUCUUGGAACAUCAAAGAUCCACCUAACUGCUCAUCCCAGGAAAGGGACUUUAUUGUUUUUGCAGAUGUCAAAUUGUUAUUUUUCCCUUUUCCCUUUUCUUCUCCCUUUUAGCCUGAACUCAGCAAAAAUUUGAAGGGGAUAACUAGCUUCAGCACCCAUCCCUACCUACUCUGUGACUUUCUUAACCCAUCUGUAUAAAUAAAAGGACUCCAAAUGAAAAUGCCAAACUAUAAUAGUGACACUAGUGAUUCUUACUCUCCUCUGCAUUCUCCUUUAAGAAGUCACCUCUGUUAGCUCACUGUGUUAUCCAUAUGUGGACAAGAAAGAAUAGUGGCAAAUGCAGUCAGUGAAGAAUAAGAGAAGUGAGUGAAAGUCUGAGAGAGUAUUUCUCUCCAAUAUAAUAUUUAUACCUUCUCAUUGAGCACUGUAAGAUGAUUGUGCAAGACAUUGUGUCACCAUGUCAGGACUGGAGGGGAAAUAUUAUGAACAGAUAUAAUACACCACCAUUUCCUCCAGGAGUUUCUAAAUGAACAGGCUUCUGAAAGAGAAGAAUAUUGUUUCUUAUAGGACUAUCUUGACACAUCUUUGACAGUAAAAUUUGUGCUUAUUAGCAGAAACGCUGUUUUUGGUGAGAGGAAGAAGUUACUAUUUAGGAAUGUCAGCACACAGCAGGCAAGGUCAGAUUUAGGAAACUUCACUGGGGGUGUGAGUGCCUCUGUUAUUUCGUUCUAAGGGGAUAAUGCACACCGGAUUAUUUUAUUUUAAAACAAAUUACCGUGGUGCUACAAUUUUUUUCUUGAAAUGCAGAGGCACUUUUGAGAAUAAAGUGACCUUCCCCAGCUCUGACUUAGUAGCUGAUAGCCUUGGAUGCUGCUCUGAGUGUUCAUACAUACUAAGAGAGGACACCAGUAGCCAGAGGAAACAUAUAUGGGGUGCAGGAUCUCCAGUAUGCUCUUGACUGUCUUUCCUGCAAGUUCCUGAAUCGUGGGAAUAAACUACAUGUAGAAGAAGCCAGGACAGUCUGGCAGCAUUGUUUCAUGGGGAGAAAGAAAAGGAAGUGUGGAUUAUGAAUUCAAGUGUUGAUUUUUAAUCUUUUCCCCUCCAGCACAUUUGGAAGAUUAGAGGAAUUGUGUUUAUCAGCCAGAGGUAAACUAGAUGGGCUCCCAAAGACUUAAUAAAAUAUUUUUUUAACAAUCCACUAGAAUAGAAAAUACGUUAUUUAGAUAUACUUUAUGCUGAGAGUGAGUAUAUAUGGUUGUCCUAUUUAAACACGUGAGAGAAGUGGUAACCCUUGAUGCAAGUAGGAAGUGGGACUGUCUUGAUUGAUGGAAUUAGGAGUGACCCUGUUUAAGGAAUCCAAGCCUUGGCUAAAAGUGAUUUGCCAGGAAGUGCAAGCCUUGGGGUAAUAUUUGGCUAGGCUGCCAUGAAAUUUAGACUGGUGAAGAUAAUCAGACCAAGACUGAAACAAAGCUUUUCUAAUAGAAACUGUGAUAGUUUUAUAAAAUAUGGAGCACAUUGGAGCAAAAGAAGAGGUUUCUGUAUUAAUUCUGAGGAAAAAGUCUGCCAUAUCAAGAUUUAGUUAUACCAUUAAUGGACAGCACUUUGUGGGCUUUUUUUUUUCUUUUUCUUUUUUUCUUUUUAAGUUGAAGUAGUCCAAUAUUCAAAAGAGGAGAAAAGAGGGAGGUAAAUUUAAGAUGUAAAGGAAAGUUUAUGCAUGCUAAACUAUGAUCUGAACUUGCCUGAUUUCGUACAACAUUGUCAUUAAUGCAGGGCCUGUGCAUACAGGAGGAAUGUAGGAGAUUUCCUUCUGUGAAGUGCACACAAUGAAGAUAGGCAUUCUUAACAGUGGUGGAACUCAUGAACUCAUUACAAUCUCUCUGGUACUUUCCUCUUUUUAAUGUGAAUGUGCUCGGUACACACUAAUGAGUGAUUCCUUCUUGUAGGUAGGAAUUAAAAAGCUUAAUCAAAAUGCACCUUAUCAAAUGGAUUAUUAACCACAGUACAGAUAAUAUUGCAUGAUAGGUAAAAAUAUUAAAGUAAUUCAUAUCAAUUACAGGCAGUCAUAUCAGUAGCACCAAUUUAAUGAAGCAAUGGUGACUUGAUUUUUCAUCCUUUGUCUCUGAAUGAUGUCAAGAGUUCAAGACUUAAGUUUAUCCUUACCUUCGGUGAAAUUCAUCAUUUUGUUUUAUCACAUAACCCAGCUGUGUAGAUGAGGAACAACAUGCAGCUGUACAAGUGAACAAGUGGUGCAGCUGUAAGGCAGGUCGCUGUGCUACCUGGCACGGCAGACUGGGAGCGUGACACUUGUCAGUUUAACAUUUAAGACCUACAUAAAUGCUGGUGGGCUUUGUGUUGCAUUGAAAUCUCUGAGUGCUUUAAAUGCAGUUGUUGGUGCAAAUUGAGGAGAUUGCUGCUCCUUUUCUGCCCCAGCUCAAGUCAAGAGGGACUGAUGAUCCCUCAAACUAGGUAGCUUACUUGCCUUGAUGACCUGCACUCCUGGCCGCCAAGGGCAUUGCAAUGUGAAGCAGGGAAAAUAGGGAUCAGUCAGUUUAGUGGAUACUGUGUAUCCUUUAAUAGACAAGGUAACAUUUCGUGUUAGAUUAGGAUCUUGUUUUGUACUGUACUUACUUGGAUGGCAAAGGAAAGACAAGUAAAACUUCAAGCUAUGUUCUUUAAAUUCUGUAUUAUUAGCAACCUCUGUUGUAUAUAGUGUUUGAUAAUAAAGUAUUCAUUUGAUUCUUAUGUCUUUUAUAAGUGAGAACAACAGACUUUCAGGAUAUUAAAAUCACGCAUUGAUUACAAGACAGCUUUGAAGCAUCAAGUGUGAUCA